AUGGCUCAUCAAAUGCACUUGUGCUCCACAAAGGUACUCCUACUCUCUCUUCUUUUGUUUCUUUUCGCCUCUCUUUGCUCCUGUUCCUGGCGGUCUGAACCUCAAUUCCAGAGGAGAACAAUGCUAGAGGACCAAAAACAACACCAAAGUGACAAGAAAAUUUCGAAAACUUCCCUUCAAUCCACCAAAAACCAAACCAAACUAAUCAACGCCAAUAGUGUCACUUCCAAAAACCUUACCAAAACCAUCAAAUCCAAUAACCUCAAUUCCUCCAAAAACCAAACCAAAACCAUAAAAACCAGUAACAUUUCCUCCAAAUCACUCAACUCCAACAACCUUAAUUCUUCCAAAAACCAAACUAAAACUAUGAAAUCCAAUGACACUUCCACUAAAACCCUCAAAUCCAAUAACUUUAAUCCCUCCAAAAAUAAAACCAAUGUUACCUCCAAAACUGGAUCAUCCAAAUCCACACCACCCAACACCAAUAGCCUCAAGAAGCUCAAUUCCACCACCAAGUCCAAGAAGCUAAACUCCACAUCCACAUCAACCAAAAAGCCAUUAGAUCUCGUGAAAGCAAUUAACAAAACUACAAAAUCCACCACCACCGACAAAAACAACCAGCCACCGAAAACUCAAACUCACGACACAAACAAAAAACCAAAGACACAAACACCACCUAGUCGCACAUUAGAAGAACAAGACGAAGAAGAUGACGAUUUCGCUUCAUUCUCAGAGUUCAAAGAUCUCCCAAACAAAUUUCACCGCACACUAAUCCCAGACCUAGAACGAAUCUCAACAACCUCCAAAGCCUACAUAACAAACGCCAACAACGAAAUGACAAAAGGAUUCAAACCCUACGUCGGCAAAAAAUACGCACCCACCAUAGCCGCCAUAGUUUCCACCGCUUUCGUAUUACUCCCUCUCCUCUUAGUCUCUCUCCUCUGCAACAGAAUCAAAACCUAUUUCUCGCUUCAAAAAAUCCUCAUCUUCAUCCAAAUUUACCUCUCAAUCUACUUCACCAUUCUCUGCAUCUCAACAUUGGUCUCUGGAACUGAACCCUUGAAGUUUCUAUUCUCAACUUCGCAGUCCACGUAUAUCUGCUUCCAAGUGCUUCAAACUCUCGGUUACGUUUUCUAUCUACUGUUACUUGUCAUGUACCUUGUUUUUGUCUUCUCUACUGAAUGCGGGCUUGGUUCGAAGCUUUUGGGCCUGGCUCAGAUCUUUGUGGGCUUUUCCGUUGGGCUUCAUUACUACGUGACGGUGUUUCACAGGGUGGUGCUGCGGCAACCGCCGAAGAGUAAUUGGAAGAUUCACGGAAUUUAUGCCGCGAGUUUUUUAUUGAUUUGUCUUUUUACGAUGGCUGAUAGAAGGAAGAAAGCUUACGUGGAAAAUGAUGGAGAAGAAGGGAAGAAGAAUUGA